AUGACACGUGUCAGCAGGAACUGGAAAGCGGUCGCUGAACGUGCGAUGUAUCGCAUUGUUUCACUUGAGGACGAUACGAUCGCACUGGGUUUCUUCCAAUCGGUCAUCGCUCGGCCAAUUGCGGGGAUCAAGAAGACACCGAGGCUUCUUCUGCACGGAGCCUGCACUGACAAUUUGAGAACCGUUGAUAAGACUUGGGAUUUGGGAUUGCUCUCAAGGGUAUUGACGCUCUGUCCCAACAUCUUACAAUUACGGCUUAGCAUCAUGCCAAGACUGCACAAAGCUUUCGCACCACCCCACCGAAAAUAUACAAGACCCCUUCGACGUCUCCAGAUUUCUCCAAGAAGUCGCGGCGAAGCGAAGCCCGUGGCAAUGCCCAGCUUAGGGCUGACUGGCCCAUGCGAGGUCGUUAAAGCCCUAGUCCCAGGCAGACCGGUACGAGAUGUCAGACUGAUAUGGUGUGAAGAGGAUGGGAAACUUCUCGGGGCAUUGACCGCGCUCGGGCAGUCGACCAGUCCAGUUUCCACGCUUACAAUCCAAUCUGUGGACCUACUGGAUGAAAAGGCCAUCGUUUUCACUGGACAUGACCUUCCGUGCCUUGAAUACCUCAGCAUCGUUUCCCCUUAUUUCCAGCUUCCGGACGACGACGUUGUGAUGGUCCUCCAACGGAGCCUUGAAGGACUUCCGUGCCUGAAAGAGCUCAAGAUAAUGGUCCCGUAUUUGCCAAACGAGAAAUGGCGAUCUUUCAUAUCAACUUGUGAGACGCCGAUCGCGGUUCUUGGAUGGAAAGUAGAGAUACGCUGGGACAUAGAUGGGUGGGUGUCUUACGCGAGUGAUGAUGAGCACUAG